AUGAAGGUCUUUGUGUGUCUGUGUGCGCUUUUUGCUGUGGCCAACGCUGGUUUUCUGGGUCUGCUCGGCGGCAGCGGGGGUGGUGGCGGUGGCGGUGGAAGUGGCAAGUCAGGCCUCAGUCUGGGCGGUGGUAGCGGUGGUUAUAGCGGCGGAUAUGGCGGCGGAUAUGGCGGCGGUUAUGGCGGUCAUUAUGGUGGUUCGCAUGGACAUGGAUCCGUGCAAGUGGUCAAAGUUAUCCACCAACAGGGCGGCAUUUCUGGCGGUGGCCACUCUGGCGGCGGUGGCUAUGCCGGCGGCUACAGCUACGGUCCCGCACCACAGGUCUACAAGGUGAAGGUCAUCUCUGGUGGAUCCGCUGCUCCAGCGCCCAUCUACCAUAGCAGUGGACCCGCCUCUGUCAAAGUAAUCAAGGUCGUGCACCAAGAGUCAGCAAAUCUAGGCGGUGGUCACGCCGUUGAAAGCGGCCCACAGGUUAUCAAGGUCUUACACGAAAACCAUGAUCACCAUAAUCACCAUGUUACCGGACCCUCUGUACAUGCGCCCACCAAGGUGGUGCGUGUCAUUCACGAGCAUGCUUCAGUUGCUGCCCCAGCUCCAGUCUACGGUGCACCAGCACCAGCUCCUAUCUACAGUGCUCCAGCGCCGGCUCCAAUCUACAGUGCACCAGCCCCGGCUCCAAUCUACAGUGCACCAGCCCCGGCUCCAGUUUAUAGCGCACCGGCACCGAUCUACAGUGCACCCAUUGCAGCUCCGGCACCAGCGCCCGUUUACAACGCACCCAUUGCCAGUGCUCCUGUCUACAGUGCACCCCUUCCAGCGCCUGCACCACAACCCAUCUACAGUGCCCCAGCACCUGCCCCGAUUCAGUAUACCGCCCAUGCUCAAUCGUCCGCUCAGGCUCAAUAUAGCGCCCCAGCUCCGAUUCAGUACAGCGCUCCCCUGCAAGCACCAUCGCCUGUGCUCAGUGUUCCCGAAUCUGCACCUGCACCAGCCUUCAGCCAAAGCCCAGUUUUAAGCUUGCCCGCGCCUGUCGAGGAGCAGGCUCUGCCCAUCGGUCAUGCACCUGCCCAGACAUAUGGCCCGCCUCACUUUUAAGUAGAAAUCCACAACAGCAGCACCUGCACCAACCGCACCCACACCACAAAACACCACAGCACUACUGGAGGCGUCCACAAUUACCAACCCAGCACAUGCACAUGUGGUUGUACAUCGAAGACCUCCAAACC